AUGACAAAGAGAAAGCGAAUUUGGAGCGAUGAGGCAUCGGAGGCCUUGCCGAGCACGAGUCCUGCCGUUGAACUCCCUGAUGCGAAGGACCCCGGGGUGUUGGAUGUUUUGCCGGGGAUUACCCGCAAGAUCACUGCGUGUGGAGCUUGUAGGAAGCAAAAGAUCAAAUGUGACAUGAGCGAAGGAGCACCUUGUACGCGAUGUCGCCGACGAGGACUCUCAUGUGUUUUGAACAAAAGUCUCCAAUCAUUGGUAGAGGAAGUCAAGUAUGUCGGAGUUUCUCUUAGCCGGUUGAAGCUUUUAUCUAAACAGUAUUCAAUGUUAACACGAUCCCUCAGAAACACCGAACAUCUACAGAGUGAUGUGCAGAAUAUUCACCACGUGCUGGGAGACCUAUGCAGGCAUCUCAACUUGCCACUACCGAAUCCACUCAGUUCUGCUGUCGAUGACCCCCUUAAUGGGGAUAAAGUACAGAAUGAAGAACUAGAACGUGACCCAGAAGAUCUUGAUGGUUGUGAAAUAUCCCCACCGGACACGCCUUCCGCCGUUCAAGCACCUAUCGACACAUACUUGGAUAUUGCUAAGCUUGGAAGUCCGGGCUCCUCUACCAAUACUCCACCGAGUAUUCCCCGACAAAGACAUCAACCAUCGCAAGAUCUCGUCACUAAAGGUGUCAUCACUUUGAGUGUCGCCGAGACACUCGUUGAGCGCUAUCUCACGCGUCUUGAUCCCUACCUGUAUGGAAUUUGCAGCGGCUAUCAUAGCGUUCAGCAACUUCGAAGCACAUCACCACUGCUAUUCGCUGCAGUCUGCACAAUUUCCGCAUUACAAGAUCCCCAAAGUCAACCGCUUUAUGAGACAUGUAACCGUGAGUUCCGACGGCUGAUGUCGCGAUCAAUUUUCGAGAAACAUAAUCUUGAAUACGUCCGUGCUCUAUGUAUCACUUCGUUUUGGCUUUCAGAUGCCUCUCGGAUACUCUCUAGUGACGCCAUUCGCCGUGCAGCGGACAUGCGGCUACAUCGCAGCUUUGAUCAUCUUGCAAAUCCUAGUGAUAUGCGACCGGUCCAAAAUCAUAGCUCUCCAACUUCAAGUUUAACCGAAACAAUGACGAUAAAGGAUCGGGUCAGACUAUGGUACCUUAUUUUCAUAUCCGAUCAGCAUCUCUCCAUUCUUCACAAUCGCGAUCCACUUCUUCGCAGUGACAAGGAGAUAGCUUUGAGCUGGGAGACUUUCCUAGCUCGUGAUGACACCACCGAUUCUGACAUUCGACUUAUUUCCCAAGUUGCUCUGUUAGUCAUUAUGAGUCAAGUGCGAGACUUGCUGGGCUCUGAUCAAGAAGCACGGAUACCACAGUCGCUAUCAAAUCAGAUUAUUCAUUACUCUCGCCAGCUGGACCGAUGGUUCAACAAGUUCUCCGCAAUAUUCAAGCCUGAUCCUUAUAUUGGAGAUUUUCCUAAGCGCGGCCUACAGCUACAUUACCAUUUUGGGAAGCUGUACCUCGGACAUCAAGUCUUCAAAGGCCUCAACAGAGAGGCAAUUCCGUCUCAUUUUAUCACAGCAGCUGACAUGGCCCAUGAAGCUGCUGUCGCGAUUUUUGAAAUGAUUCUCCACGAGGAAAAUCUCCAGCAUAGUCUCGUUGGCAUGCCGCAUUAUUUUCAUAUUAUGAUUGCAUUUGCAGGUCAUUUCCUACUGGAAGUCUCAAAGAACUACUAUACACAGCUUUCAAUCAAUCCAACUCAAGAUUUUGAGUUGAUUCGAAAGGUAUUAGAAUUGUUUCAGGCCACACCUAGUGUACAACAGCAUCCUAUUUGCCGAAUGACCCCAGGUCUCACGCGCAAGCUUCACGAAUGCGUUGCCUCCCUACGAAGGGACGGGGAACAGGGUGUCCCAUCAAUGUCAUCUUUGAAUGCAUUGGUAUAUCAAUCUCAGGAUAUGGAUAGGCCGAUGCAUCCAGUCCCAGGCUCAUUUACAUUUCCUGGCGAGUCGCUGGUUACGCCUGUAGAUGACUUUUUAUUACAAGACUUUGGGGAGUUUACAUUUCCGGGAAUGAUGUCAAAUGAGAUGAGCUAG